GUUGGGGAAAAGAAGGAAUCGAAGAAAGAGAGUUCAAAGAAAGAAGGCUCAAAGAAGGAAGGUUCAAAGAAGGAAGGCUCACCACAGGAGGGAUCCAAAAAGGAAGCAAGAAAGACAGUAAUGACUCAAAAAAGUGAGCAAAAGAUUUCAAAUGAGAUGAAAGUGAUGCCAACACAAGAACUGCAAGUUGAGGAAAAGGAAGGAGAGGAGAAGAAGGAAGAAAAGAAAGAAGAUGAGAAAAAAGAGGAAAAGAAGGAGGAAGAGAAAGAAGAGAAGAAAGAAAAGAAAACAGACGAAGAUAAAAAAGAGGCAGAAACGGACAAAAAGGAUGAUAAGAAGGAGAGUGAUACGGAGAAGAAAGAAGAAGGUGAAAGUGAAACGAAGAAAUGA